CUUCUCGUCCUCCGUGGAAUUCGACCACUAGUACUCUUUGAACCGGCCAAAAAUCAGAAAGGCACCGACUCAUUACGGAGUAGAAGACAGUGAUUCUUAUUGCUCAUCCUUUUGUCUUUCUUUGUUUGUGAAAACGGUGUUGUUUUGCGUUGUGGCCGUCGAGUGUGUUUAUCGACAACCUUUUGUCAUUGUCACGUUCAAAAUCGACAUACCCAGGUGUGUGCAAUAACAGUAACGACAACCUUCUCCAUCACCGACAGAUCAAGGGAGAGAGAUUAUAAAAAAGAGCUCCGCGUGACAGGUGUUUAAGAAGAACAUACAACCAUCACUGUCUAAAUACAUCCAACAUAAUGUCGGAACAGAAUCCCAUACCUCGAAAAUUAUGGCAACACCCAAACCCGCAAAGUACAGAAAUGUACAAGUUCAUCAAGGCGGUCGAGAAAAGACAGGGUCGAACGUUCCGCGACUACGAAGAAGUGUACGACUGGUCAUGCACGAAUCGUUCCGACUUUUGGAAAUCCGUCUUUGAGUAUUUCCCCGUCGUCUACUCCGGCACCGUCCCAGACAAGGUCGUCGACGAGUCGGCCCGCAUGGACUCGAUCCCGAAAUGGUUCACGGGAGUCAAGAUGAACUUCGCCCAGAACGUGUUGUUUUCCGGUUCGCGCGACGGCAAACCCGUCGUCGCCGCGGCCAAAGCGGACGACAAGAUCGCGUGCACGGAGGUGCGAGAGGGUAGUUUCCUCGAACCCAUCCGCCACAUCACAUGGAAGGAACUGCGCGAGAGGGUGGGGUCGUUGUCACAGGCGAUGAAGUCACGAGGGGUUCGAAAGGGGGAUCGGAUCGCCGUCGUUUCGAGUACGAGCAUCGACACUCUGACGGUGUUUCUUGCUGCGACGACGCUGGGAGCUAUGUUCAGCUCCAGCAGUACAGACAUGGGCGUCAAGGGCAUUCUGGACAGACUCUUGCAGAUCAAGCCCCGAUAUUUGUUCAUGGAUGACGCAGCAGUGUACAAUGGCAAGGAAGUCGAUUUGCGACCCAAGAUGAAGGAUAUCAUGGCUGGCAUGCGAGGCGUGGCUGAAUUCCAGGGAAUCGUGGCACAGGUGAGGCACCAACACUCUCCGGUCGACAUUUCUUCGGUGCCACGAGCGCAGACCUGGGCUUCUUUCUUGUCUGCGGCCAAGUCGUCGGCCCUUGAAUUCGAAGAGAUGGACUUUGCCGAUCCUUUUCUCGUCGUCUACUCCUCGGGAACGACGGGGCAGCCGAAAUGCAUUGUCCACGCAAUCGGUGGCGUCGUGCUCAACGGCCACAAGGAGGCAGCGCUCCAUCGCCAAAUUGGGCCCGGUUCGACGCAGUUGCAAUACACCACCACGGGCUGGAUCAUGUACAUGGCCAGCGUAUCGGUGCUCUUGAUCGGUUGCCGGAUGAUCAUGUACGAUGGAAGUCCGUUUGUGCCGGAGCCCACCAACUUCCUCAAGCUGCUGGGACAGGAGAAGGUGACGCAUUUGGGUAUCAGCCCCAGAUAUUUGCAGACCCUCCAGAAUAGCGGCAUCGUUCCCAAGAAGGUGACCGACCUCAGUAACUUGACGGUGGUGUCCAGUACAGGUAUGGUCUUGUCGGAGCAAUUGUUCGAGUGGUUCUACGACGAAGGGUUCCCGCCUUCAGUGCAGUUGGACAACAUCUCCGGUGGGACGGACCUCGUGGGAUGUUUUGGCUGCAGCAAUCCUAUCUUGCCACUGUAUUCGGGUGGUUGCCAAACCCGUUCUCUCGGAAUCCCGGUUAUGGUGUGUGAUCAGACGGUCGAUGGUGGGAAGCCUGUCCCCGUGGAGGAUGGCGUCCCCGGCGAAUUGGUGUCUUAUGGGGCAUUCCCAACCAUGCCCAUAACUUUCAUGGGAGACAAUGGCCCGAAACGGUACUUUGACAGUUACUUCGCGCGGUUCGACAAUGUCUGGACCCAUGGUGAUUUCAUCAUGAUCCAUCCUGUCACGAAACAGGUCAUGUUCCUGGGUCGUUCAGACGGCGUGUUGAACCCCAGUGGUGUCCGUUUCGGAUCGGCUGAGAUAUACAACAUCAUUGAGGCCAAAUUUGCCGACAAAAUCAGUGACAGCAUCUGUGUCGGGCAGAGGAGGCCGCAGGACACGGAUGAACGAGUCAUUCUGUUCUUGUUGAUGAAGCCCGGACAUGACUUCACACCUAAACUGAUCAGAGAGGUCAAGGAGGCGAUUCGAAAAGAAACCAGUCCCAGACACGUCCCCAAGUUUGUGUUUGAGACUAAAGAUAUUCCGACAACGGUCAACUUGAAAAAGGUCGAAUUACCAGUCAAGCAAAUCGUGUCUGGCAAGAUCAUCAAACCAUCUGGAACACUUGCGAACCCACAGAGCUUGGAAUAUUACUAUCAAUUUGCAAAGGACGAGAAUCUGGUCGAUCUGGCCGAGACAAGGGCGAAACUGUAAGACGGUGGUUAAUACUCUGUAAGCGGGUAGAUAGAUGGAUAGACGCAAGGAAUGAAUUAAAC